GUCUAUAUAAGCAUAUUUGUGGGACAAAAGGGUAUAGCUUUAACCUCAGAACCUUAUUAUUAGAUUAUGGUAAUUGAAACCAAAGUUUGCCAUUUCUUCUGGAUGCAAAAUCAGACCACUAAAUGCUAUUCAGCUUUAGUACCGAGUAUAAUUUAUAUUCAAGAUACACUCUAGUUUGCAAGAAAAAACGUUGGAAAAUAGAUUGUCUAGAUUAUGAAACAUCAGACAACUUGGCGUUUGUCAAGUUUGAACGAUAUGUAGUUCUGUCCAUCAGAUAUUAUUUCAGUACAACAACAAGGGAAACAAAUCUACCAGCAGUGCACUUUCUGGUUAGUAGCAGGACUAAUUUCAUUUUACGAUCCAGAAAUUAAAUUUCUCAACGAAUAAUUCAGACUAACGAGUCAUAUUUGAAAUACUGUCCUCAGAGUAUCACGUUAGAAAGAUCUUUAUGAUUAGGACAAGCAGUUAGGGAUAUACAAGAACAUACGUUACUUCAUUAGAGAUAAAAAAGUGUGAACCAUGGAAGUGCAUUUUCUAAUGUCAUUCAGUCAGUAGCAACGUAGAACCUAUAUGUAUGUACAUCGGUUCAAGUCGCUAUACUCCAUUAGCACAGAGGGAUGGAACUGUCAAACCAAAUCCCAGAAUAAUAGAGGUAGUAACAGUAUCAGUGGUAAUAGGAAAGAUAAGGCAUCAAAGAUACGACACUAAAAGGAAAUAUAAUUCAGUGAGAUAAAAACGAAAAACGUUAUGAGGAAUAUAGAAUCUUAGAAUUUCGGGGAAGACAAAGAAUGGAUGCACCUGUAUCAUUGCAGACGAUUUUGAGUCAUGUCGUUCAAAGUCUCUAACCAUUGUUUACGAUAAUCAUGCGGGCCCCAACCAGGCAGUCUACACCUGCCAAAAUGGCCAAGCUUAAUUGUCAGUGACUUUAUGGUUAGGUAGCCCCUAGCAUUUUCCCAGCCUAAUCCUGAACCAGAAAACAUUUCUCGUCGAGGUAAGCGGUGGUUGCGCUUACGUAAAACAUGUCCCAACCACCUCAGUUGAUGAAGAUUUACUACCUCAUCAACCAAUUUCCCAUCUUAACCUAAUACGUUGUUCUUAAUUCAGUCAUUGUUUACCCCGUGGUCCAAAAAUACACCAGCAAUGCUUCGAAGACACCUAUGAUCGAACACCAGUAAUCUAUGAAUAUCCUCUCCUCUUAACGACCAUGUUUCACAUCCACAAAGUAGAACGGAGCGAACUACUGAUAUUUCAAACUCUACAUUGGUCAGACUGAUUCCUUUGUGAUUGUCAUAAGAGGAGUUCUGUUCUUUCUCAUAGACUGGGACAAUCAGUGAUUGAGGCCAGUCAGAUGGGAUUACAUUUAGUUCCUGGAUUUUAGCUAAGAUCCCAGUUAAUUUAACUGCUAAAACUGGACUACCACCCUUAAAAAUCUCAGGGGUUAGUCCACCAGGUCCUGAUGCUCUCCUUUCUUUUAGACUACCCAUAGCCUUUCCAACCUCACUAAAAGUUAGAAAACUUACAUUUAUUUGCUACUCAGGUUGCUUGGAGAUAGUGAGUGGCUGAAGUGUGGAUGAAGGUCACCGACAGAUUGGUUUUUAACUCCGUCUCCUUGAUAAUUAUGAACAGUAGUCUACUGUUACUUAUCGCUGCUGCUUUUCCCAUCACUUUUACUUUCACUACCCACCACUACUCGCGAUUGCUACGUAGGCUUUUUAUCAGCCUACGUUUAAGCUAACCCCGCUUCUCAUCGCGUUCGGAGCCUGAGUUCUAUAGACACCGCUGAGACCCCCCGAUUUUUCCUAACCUUUGGUCUGAGUUACUAGUAGAUGUCACUGCUGCUUCUACAGCUUUUUGGUAACCAUACCGCGCUGCAUCGUGAUGGAUAUCAUUUUCAAAGUUGACUAGCUUCUUCUCUAGUUGUUCCUGAAAUAUGUUCUUAAUUAUUUCAUCAUUAAGUUGAAGUCUAAGGGGUUUUCUCGCUGUGGCUUUUCUACAUCCAGUAAGACUCAGCCAAAUACGUGCUCGAACUAGAGCAUGAUUUGAGUGUAAACAUAUGCUCUAAAAUGGAUGACAGUCAUUAACCGAGCUCCUCCGAAGACGGCUAAUGGCAGCUCGAUCUAUUUCAAUUCAUCGAUGAGUCGAUUGUGUAGGUCGCCACGUCAGACGAUGUUUCUCAUGUUUAAAGUUGCCGUUUGCCAGAAAUAGGCAGUUAUCUGAGCAUAGUUGUCGUCAUUAUCUUUUGCUGAGCCGCUACACCGUAAGACCCGCCUAAGUGCAUUUCGGUUUAGUUUAGUUUACCUAAAUAAGGAACAAAAUCACCCGCCACUAUUACAUCUAAGCGUUUGACUUUCUGAGUGAGAUUGGAUAGCUUCCCAUAAAACUAAACUUUGACUUCGUUCGAGCAGUAAUCAAUGAGAGCGUAGAGAGAGACAACGAAGAGGCAAUGCAGUGUGUUUCUAUCUUUUCGAGUUCUUAGUCUCGUUUAGUUGAACAGCGCACAGGAGACUGUCUAUUAAAAUACAGUCAGUGAGAACUUGUUCUGCUCUAGAUUUCAAUACUGCUAUACCGACACCAAAGAGGAUACGUGAAUUAGUAGUGGGGUCUCCAGAUACUGUAAGAAUAAAUCGCACCGGUUUUUUAUAUUGACAAGGUGAGGUCAAAUGAAUGAUGGUAUUUGGACCCUGCAUGCACGUUUCGGAGACGUAGCACAUAUCGACCGCGCAAGACUCUAGUGUCCUAGCUAAGGAGGUCUGUUGUCCUAUCUGACCCAAGGUUCGAACACUGAAAGCUCCAAUAUGUAGAUUGGAGUGUGGUUUAAGGAGACCAGGAAUAACAUUUCGUGAACUCGAACCAUUAGCAUUGGUGGUGGGUGUUGAUAAAGAUAAAUGAGAAGGAUGACGAUGAAGGAAGAACUACUAGGUGAUGGACGAUUUGGACCUGGGUGAAAUUGGAUACAAUGGACUGCAAACACUGUUGUCAUGUAUUACAUUCACAUAGUGAAGUGGAUAGGAUACUGGGUGCUUUUAGAAAUGAAGCGGUAUGUUAAUAAGUCUGUAGUUAAUGGUUUGAGAAUUGUAGGGAGUAACAGACGAACGUGCCAGUGAAAAUAAAAAUAAGUAGCUAGCUAACGUAAUUUAAACCCAGUAACAUCGCAAUUAGGAUGAACUAAGAGCAAUCCAUUUUUACGUAAAAACUACAUGUCAGCAUACUCGUGCUUGGAUUGCAGUUAUAUCUAUAUGAAUAAAAUCUAUGUUUCUUGUGGGAGGGAUUAGUUAUAACAACAGUAUUCGAGGCUAGUUCUGCAAUUAGACAGCAAACGUUAUUAGUAACUAGUUUCUGAUCGUUCCUUUAAAUCGAGUUUACACGUAGGAGGCGUGGCCUUUGACAGCUUUCUUGUUACAAAUUAUCUUUAGCCGCUUUAUUUUGUGCUGGCAACCAAAUACACAUGAAUAAAGGGCAAAAAUAAAAUGUUUCGAGUUUAAAAACAUAGCACUAUAAGUGUAGCAAAAGAUGUUUUUGUUAUAUGUAAACAUGAAAGCUCUGGAUUCUUGCAAAGGGUCGCAUCAAUCAAGUUACAACUUGGUUGCUGCACAAUAUGAAUACAGCCAGUGUACCAGAGUUUCUGUGGUGGCUUGACCUCAACAAGGUCCAGUUUAUUUGCUAGGACUUGCAAUAAAUGAAAACCGAACGUAUUGCAUAAGGAAAUUACAAGGAAAAAUAUUUGUUACUGUACUGAACGAAAAGUGUAACAUUCAAGCCACAAGCUGAAAUAGUGCUUUACGAUCAAUUUUUCCUUAUCAAGUGCUAAACUUGAAUGCUAAUUUAUACUUGUAGUCUCUAUGGAAACCCGGGAAAAAAGACAUCAUAGAAAUCCUAUUGGACUGCAAUCACCCCACGAAUUUCCAUGAAGUGACGGCCAAAAGAAUAUAAACCCUGACAUUUUAUGCUGUAAUUCAAACACCAAAAACUCAGUGAAACUUAUGACUAAGCUCGAAUGGCUCAUUAAUUUUCGUUAGGAAACCUAAAGCCUGACCAGGUAUUUAAAAAUAAAGUGUUAAGACUUAUGCUGUCUUCAAAUCGAGACAAAAUCUUUCGGUACUAAGUAGACUUCGAAAAGAAAUGUGCCUAUUGAGGACAGGCGUCAUUCUAGUACUUAAGGGACUAACCCCAAACAACCGUGCUUUAUAUGUCCGAACAGUCAUCUGCUUAUCCCAAUAUGGGAAUGCAAAUAGUUAUCUGCCAACACCACUAACUGCCAGAGUAAAGAUUAUUCGAAGUCGAGUAACGAAAAUUUUCUUGGGUGCAAGUCCUGUUUCGAUGGAUACAAGUGGCUCGCAUGAUCCAUGUAAAGCGAAUGUUCAAGUGGAACAAAUUAAGUAUAAGAAGUGUUUUUCUGCUGUUGCUGUUCCCCUUAGAAAUCUACAUAUUUCGGGGUUUUCCUCAAACUUCAGAGAAUUUCCCUAGAUCUGAGGGAACUUUGGGGUUUUUACCAUUUCCUCGAAAUUUUCUAUUGCGGUUUCUCCUAAUUCUCCCCAAAAUUGGGAGAUUGGGUUAGAGGGGUCAGUUUACUCGUUGAAAUCCUAAUGUUAACGCCAUUAUUAUUUCGUAAGACCUGGAUCGAACAGACACCAUACCUAACAGUUAGUCAAUUAGUUAACAGUAUAGUUGCAUCGACAAAACGUGGAAUUUGGUAAUUAAUGAGAAUUUGUAUAAUGUUGACUUACCCCUGCACAACAUGCGAUUCUGAGUACAUAAAAAGGCCAGAGAGUGGUAGCAAGAUCACUACAAACUGAUCGGCCGUAAAAAGGAGGAUUGAAGCGAACAAUUAGCCCAUAAGACAACUUGUCAGGAAGUAGUGCUUGAACCAACAAUAGAGGAGCCGUUUGGUUU